AUGCACGGACCAGAUGGUGAUACAGCAAUGGGUGAGCCUUCUGACGGUGCUACCGAGACUGACGAUCAAGUUCCAAUGGCUACUAAUGAUGAUAGCCCUGUUGACCAUUCCAACAAUGGAGAAGGAGAACGAGAUUUCGACAUUGGGGACAACAAUGCACAGAAUCCCGAGGCACUGCAACUGCAGAGCGUGGUACUGCCGGAAGGAGAGCUAGAGAUACAGCAUUUUGAUCUGCCCGAGGAACCACUUGCAACAGGGUCUGUAGGCGAGAACGACAUCAACCCGAGUUCAACGGCGAGAUCGACGAUCUAG